AUGUCGACGGGCGGCGAUGGGUCCGCGGCGAGCGCGGAGGCGUCCAUGCAGAUGGCCCCGAGGCCUCAGCCUGCUCCAAGGGUGACACCCUCGGAUCAGGUGUCGAGGGGCGUCGGUGUGCCGCGGGCCCGAAGGAGCGGCACGGGCAAGCGCAGCAUGAGUGCCCGCUCCGGGGCCGCUGCCAAGGACGCAGCCCCGCUCGUGCCUGUCAAAGCCCUCAAGACCGGGGCACGCGCCACGCCGCACACGGCGCCGCAACCUCUGCCCGUCGUAGAUACCGUGGCGGAGGCCGCGAAGCUGCGGGCGGCGAUGGCUCGAGGGACUCAAGCGACGCAACAGGCUCUAGCACCGGGGAACGGGGGCGACGCUGGCCAGAGCGGAGCCGAAGCAACCGCUCCGGUCGACGCCGCGGGGGAUGCCGGCCGGGGCGGCGCAGAUGACGCCGCCCGGCCGAUCGUCAAGGAAGGAUCUAGUGGGGGUGCGCAGGAGCGCCCUGCUGGCCACGCCGCCGACAAGAUCGCCGAGUUCACGUCGGCCUGCGCAGAGGUGCUCGACGAGGGGGCAUCCGGGGGGCCCCAGCAUGGGGCAAUCGUUCAGUCCAUGGUCCCCGUGGAGGUCCUCUGCAAUGAGCGAGAGGAGGAGGCCGUCUGGCAGGCGCAGUACGAGGCAGGUUCUCAGAUUCAGAACCUCCUCGAACGCGCCAUGGAGCUCCAUCGAACGAUGGAUUACCAGAUCAGCCAGCGGCUGAAGGAUAUCUCGCGCAGAAAGAGCGCCGAGAUGACCCGGCUGCACUCCCAGAUAGGCUGGCUCGGGCAGCACAAUGCCGAGUUGGUUCUCAAGAACAUUGAGGCCAACACCAGGAUGACGGAUUUGGGGGCGCGUCAGCGGGCGCUGGAGGAGGAGUUAGCGCGGGUUACUGGUGAGCGUGAUGUCCAGAGGGUCACAGCAGAGCAGAAGGCUCGGGAAGUCGAGGAGCAGACUGCCGAGCUGCAACGCCUUAGGACGGCGCUUGAGCAAAAGGAGACCGAACUUCUCUAG